AUGUCUACAACAUCAAGCAAGUCAAAGCUGAUAUACAUCACGGCCGUUGCCAUACGGCUGGCUGUCUUUAGCUUUCCGUCCAUGUCGAGUACACUUGUUGAACGAGUCGAAUUAUCCACCCCAGUAACCAGUUUCAAGCGAUUAACAGAAGGCGUCUAUCUAUACAAUAAUAACGUUCCUCCUUACGACGGAGGUGCUUUCCAUCAAUCGCCACUCUUGCUAUGUUUGUUCUCAUUCAUCAUGGCGCUACCAGACAACACGAUACCUGUGCUCUACUGUGCAUUGGAUGUCAUCAUUGCUUAUACGCUAUCCUGCAUUGCACAGCUCAAGCAACAAGCAGAUGUCAGCAAGCCAGUGCUGCAAGUGGAACAGGGUCGAUCACCCAUUCAGCCCACCACCGUCGCGGCUCUCUACCUGUUCAACCCAUUGACCAUCUUGUCUUGCAUCUGCAAAUCAACACUCAUCUUCACCAACCUCAGCAUCGCCAUGGCCUUGCUAAGCGCAUUGAAGCAGAAGCCACAAGCCAGUAUGUUUUGGGCUGCGUUGGCUUCGUAUCUUAGCUUUUAUCCAGCCAUGUUGGUACCUGCAUUACUAUUGAUUUUGAAAUCACCAAGACCUCUGGUUGUAUUUGCUGGGUCCUUGAUGGGAUUGUUUGUAUUUUCAAGGCUGUUUAUUGGAUCUUGGGAUUUCAUUCAAGCAACUUAUGGUAUCAUCAUCUUUUUAUCAGACUUGACACCCAAUGUAGGCAUGUUUUGGUACUUUUUCAUAGAAAUAUUUGAUCAGUUUAGAUCAUUCUUUAUGGUGGUAUUCCAGUUCCAUACAUUCAUCUUUGCCGCACCCAUCUGCAUCAAGCUCAAGAACCAGCCCAUCUUUGCCAUCACCAUACUGUGUGGCAUUAUGGCCAUCUUCAAGAGCUAUCCUUCAGCCAGUGAUGCCGCUUUUUAUCUGGGAUUAGUGCCUAUUCAUGAUGAAUUGUUCAAAUACUGUCGUUAUGGCUUCUUGGUCUCCAAUCUGUUCUUGUAUGCCUCGGCAUUGGCACCGAUAUUCUGGCAUUUAUGGAUCUAUGCAGGCAGUGGCAAUGCAAAUUUCUUUUAUGCCAUCACCCUUGUGUAUAAUCUUGGCCAAGUCCUGCUGCUAAUCGAUAUCGUGUACGCUGCGCUUCGCAGAGAGUACGAUAUCAAGCAUCCCGAGUCUAUUGGUAAAAUCGUCGUUCACAAAUGA